AUGGCGGACGGGACAGGUGGGUGCCACACGCGGGACGGCUUUUUGCCUCCCCCGCCCCCCACCUCAGGAUCUCGGGAGGAGGCGGGUGGAAAGAUCCCCGGGGAUUCAGUUUCUAAGAAACACAAGAAGAAAAAGAAGUCUUUGCCAGAUGAAGAUGUUGCCGAUAUACAACAUACAGAAGAAUUUCUUAUCAAGCCUGAAUCAAGAGUGGCCCAGCUGGAUACAUCGCAAUGGCCCUUGCUUCUCAAAAAUUUUGACAAGUUAAAUGUGAGGACUGCGCACUACACCCCACUUCCUUCUGGCUGCAAUCCCUUAAAAAGGGAAAUUGCUGAGUAUGUAAGGACGGGCUUCAUCAAUCUGGAUAAGCCUUCCAACCCUUCUUCCCAUGAGGUUGUGGCCUGGAUCCGCCGCAUUCUCCGUGUUGAGAAAACAGGCCAUAGCGGCACAUUGGACCCCAAAGUUACCGGGUGCCUGAUUGUGUGCAUUGAACGAGCGACACGUUUGGUCAAGUCUCAGCAAAGUGCAGGCAAAGAGUAUGUGGGAAUCGUUCGGCUGCACAAUGCAAUUGAGAGUGAAAUGCAACUUUCGAGGGCAAUAGAAACUUUGACAGGUGCCCUCUUUCAGAGACCUCCCCUCAUCGCUGCAGUGAAGAGGCAGCUGAGAGUCCGAACGAUUUAUGAAAGCAAAAUGGUUGAAUAUGAUCCAGAAAGAAGACUGGGUAUUUUCUGGGUCAGCUGCGAAGCUGGAACCUACAUCCGGACACUUUGCGUGCAUCUGGGUUUGUUGCUGGGAGUUGGUGGUCAAAUGCAGGAGCUCCGGCGAGUCCGCUCUGGGGUCAUGGGGGAGAAGGAUCACAUGGUGACCAUGCACGAUGUGUUGGAUGCUCAGUGGCAGUAUGACAACAAUAAGGAUGAGACUUAUCUCCGGAGGGUGAUCUUCCCUUUGGAGAAGUUGUUGGUGUCGCACAAACGGCUUGUUAUGAAGGACAGCGCGGUGAACGCAAUUUGCUACGGUGCAAAGAUCAUGCUUCCUGGAUUACUGCGGUAUGACGAUGGGAUUGAAGUCAACCAGGAAAUAGUCGUGAUCACCACAAAAGGGGAGGCGAUCUGCAUAGCUAUUGCUUUGAUGACAACGGCGGUGAUCUCUACCUGCGACCACGGCGUUGUAGCCAAGAUCAAGCGUGUGAUCAUGGAAAGAGACACUUACCCUCGCAAGUGGGGGCUCGGCCCCAAAGCUUCUCAGAAGAAGAUGAUGAUCAAGCAAGGGUUAUUGGACGCUCACGGCAAACCUAACGAAAAAACCCCACAAGCUUGGAAAAAAGACUACAUAGAUUAUAACAGGGUUUCCGUAAAGAAGGAGGCAGAAGAGGAGAUGGAGCCAGAACAGAUUCAAGAGCAGCCAGAGAGGAUGCCGAAGAAGAAAAGAAAAAUCGAGAACGAUGGAGAUCCAGAACCAGUAGCUUCAUCUCCCCCAGCAUCUCCAGAGGAGCAAGCGGAGAUGAAGAAGAAGAAAAAGAAAAAGAAGGAAAAGAGGAAAAUGGAGUCUGCGGAGAGCAGUGGAGAGUUAGUUGAAAUGGUCAGUGAUCUGAGCGUGAAAAAGAAAAAGAAGAAGAAGAAACGAGAAGAAAUAGAAGAGAGUUCAGAAUAAAUUCCUCGCUACCAUCCAGAGCCAGCAGCCUGGACCAGUUUGGGAAGGCAAAAAUACACAAAAGGCCUUCGCAGGGGAAAAAAAAUGCAGACUGGAUCAGCGUGUAGAGGCUUGUCCUAAUUGCUGUGCAAAUUAUUGGGGCGGGCCAAGUUUGGCACCCCACUCCCCUUUCUGUCCUGUUCUAAGGAUAGUUUGAGAUAAUUGAGGCAGCAGACUCGCUCCCUGGUCAUCCAAGAAGGGACUUUCAGAGUGCUAUCCAGGAGAUGCGAUACUCAAAUCUUGGCACUGUUAGCAACCCUCUUUUUUUUGUACCUAUCGGCCCAAAGAGCUGCUGAAUGUUGGUGAAGAUUUAAGAGGAGGAAAGCAGUUAAGCCAGAUAUUGUCAGAUGCUUCGUUUUAAAAUGUUUUUGUAACUUUUUCUUUUUUCUGUUGUUUUUUUUCACUUGGCUUUGAUUCAGAGCAAGUCCAGACAUUUCCCACUCAGGGGGGGGCUAAAGCUUUUGUUCCUUCAAAAGGGAACUUGAUAACCUGUAUCUACGAGGGAAAGGUGCGGGGAGGGGGGGAAUCAGCCAUCCGUUCUACCACGAGAACAGAUUUCAAAGAUUUAUUUUUUUCCCUUCUUCCGUUUUCACCCUUCCCAACCAAGUCUCCGCAAGAGGGUUGUGAAAAAUCGAUCUCUGUGCUCACAAUUGUAGUAGAGAGUCUACAAUUUCAGCAGGACGGUCUGGUCCGGUCGUAUCCCGUCCUACCUUUCUAAGGCAGAGUACCGAUGCUACUUUUAAAAAGCUUUUCUAAUUAAAAAAGUUCAAGUA